CCCAGAUCCCAGACAUACGACUAUCUCCAAGUCAAGCUGUAAGCCUACAUGCAUGGGAUCUAUGUAUCUUCCCAAUGCUUCCCGUAUCGGAAUUACAGCAGUACUGCUACACUUCCACCAUCCCACCACCAUCAUCAAAGAGACCCAGGCAAUCCAAGCACUUGCAUAAAAACAAUCCCCCUCACACAACAUUCACCGUCCGGUGAAACACCACAACCCACUCCACAAUGUCAUCAAUCCAAGAGCCACAACACACCCACAUACCGAGGAUAGACCAACGAGAGAAAGACUAUCCAGACUCCUCUUUUUUCAGCCUCCCCAGCCGACACCUGCCCACCCUAGUAGAAGUAAGGGCUCGAUCUCACGACGCACCCAGGGGUUCUCAGCCCCAGUUUCUCGUAUUGGAUCAUCUUGACUUGUUCGUCAAUUUCGGUCCUUACGUCAAGGUCGCAGAGGCGCAGUGUCUGCAGUUAUCCAGCAGACUUUCGAGGGGAGGGUCUCGUUUCGGAGGUGUUUGGAUGGCGUGUUCGCUUCAGGCAACCAUGUUUUUAUCCACAUGAAGCGGAUACAAGGGCAGACAUUGCUGGAUGCUUGGGAUGGGCUGGGUGAGGGGGAUGAAAGUGUACUUGAAUGACGAAAUAUGUCAAAUUAUUGACAAUUUACACCAGCUCGAACAAGAAUCUUCCGGCAAGUACACUGGUACGCCCAAGAAGCCGGCUGGAGGUGUUUGAUAUUGUAUGGUUUAACGGGACUUUUCUUCAGGUUCUCCUGGACAGCAGCGAGUUCUGGACUAUGUCUUUUAAUUAUUGCCGGAAGCCGGCUCCUUCCACAGCAUAGCAGAACUCAACGACUGGGUUUCCAAUUUACCGCAGGCCCGGCUUCCUCUAUCGAAAAUAUUCAAAGACCCCUAUAGAUACUUGCUGCCAGAUUAUGAGACUAUCUGAUUUACCCAUACGGAUCUCCAUCGAAGCAACAUCAUGAUAUCUA